GCUACCAUUCCUUCUUACUCUGUCUCUCUCCUCGAGUCAGCGUUGGUUGUUCCACAGAUGGCUUUUGCCUCUUUAAUCCACCGCUCGAGCGUUCAAAUUCCUCUGAGAUUUGAGUCGGGGAAUUCUAGGGCUCGAACUUCCUCGUCGUCAUCAAUUCAGUUCGCUUAUUCUUCUAUGCGCCGUGCCGGCUUCUCUUCCACCUUGGACGGCGGAAGAUGUUGUCAACACAUUUGCUCGAACCGGAUGCAAUGCUUCAAGGAGACGAGCCAGGAGGACUUCAAACUCGAAGAUUUGCAGAUAGGUGGUCAUCAAUCAUGUGAUGAAGAUGGCAAUAUUAAAAAUGCUGCAUCAGAUACUUCUUUAGAUUGUCAAAAUGGAACUAUCAAUCGACAAUCAUCCAUUAGAACUGUCACUUUUUGUGUGCUAGCAGCUGUUACAUUUGGUAUUGCUUUAGGGUUAAAGGAUGGACAUGACAAGGCAUCAGAGUAUUUUGCAGGCUACAUAUUGGAACAGAGUUUAUCAGUGGACAAUCUCUUUGUUUUUAUUUUAAUUUUCAACUACUUUAAAGUACCAAUAGAGUAUCAGAGCCGGGUGCUUUCAUAUGGCAUAGCUGGCGCAAUAAUAUUUCGUGCUAUAAUUAUCCUGCUAGGAAUUGCCACCAUUCAGAGAUUUGAGAGCGUAAAUUUACUGCUGGCCUUGAUUCUUCUGUUCUCAUCAUAUAAGUUGUUUUUCGCUGAAGAGGAAGAUACUGACCUUGCUGAUAACUUUAUUGUCAGAACAUGCCAGAAGUUUAUCCCUGUUACUGCUCAUUAUGAUGGUGAUCGAUUCAUAACCUUUGAAGAUGGUGUUUGGAAGGCUACACCCCUACUUCUUACUGUCGCAGUCAUUGAGCUUAGUGAUAUUGCCUUCGCUGUCGAUUCAAUACCAGCAGUUUUUGGGGUUACAAGGGAUCCAUUCAUAGUCUUUUCUUCAAAUCUGUUUGCGAUUUCAGGUUUGAGGUCUAUUUAUACUCUGAUUUCCGGAAGUAUGUCGGAGUUGGAAUAUUUACAGCCUGCAAUAGGUAUCGUGUUGGGAUUCAUAGGAGUGAAGAUGAUUUUUGAUUUCUUUGGAUAUCACAUAACAACUGAGGUUUCCCUCGGCAUUGUUGCCACCUGUAUCAGUUCUGCAGUUCUGUUGAGUCUGGCUAAAAAAUCCAACUCUGAAGAGUAGGAAAUCAAAUCUCUCUCAGAUCUGGUUAACUUCUGUUCUUCAAUCUAUUUAGGGUUUCUGCCUGGAGAUUAUAUUUGUGAUUAUCUUGAUAUUUAUGAACCCUCUUUUCUUCCCUUGUAGAAUAAUUAGUCUUGUUAAAUGUAGAAAUUUUUUAUGAUAAAAACUUGUAGUAAAUUAUUAUUCAGCUUAGCGCCGGCAUCAUGAUUAAUUGAUCUCCAGGGACCGAAACGUUACGUUGAUGGAGCCA